AUGUCGGAAGAUUUGAAGAAAUUUCUCUAUCGGCAACUCAGCAACGUUGACGGUCUGUACGCAAUAGUUGUUUCAGACAGAGAUGGAGUACCUGUCCUGAAAAUUGCAAACGAAAAGGCACCUGAUUACACCCUGCGGCCUGCAUUUUUGGGGACUUUUACCUUGGCAACUGAUCAAGCCAGUAAACUUGGCUACGGAAGAAAUAAAUACAUUAUAUGCUCGUAUAGUAACUACAAUAUUAUAAAGUUCAAUAGACAGCCUUUGACCGUCAGUUUUGUAACCAACAGUGAAUGCAACAUAGGACUAAUUCUGGAUCUUGGAGAGGAGUUACAAGAAUAUCUUGGUGGUGUGAAGCAGGCAGUUGCAGACUUAUCAAAAACAUUUUAUAACGCAAACUGA